AUGGAGAGUGAAGAUGAGAGAGUGAUGGAGAGCGAAGAUGAGAGUGUGGAGGUAGAAAAAAUAAGCAAGCGAUUGUUCAAACUUUGCAUGAAAGGGAAGUGGGAGAAAACAGUUGAAAUGUACAAGAGGGAUAAGAUGGCUCGCGUGACGAAAAUAACGAGGACGGGUGAGACUGCAUUGCACAUAGCGGUGACGGAUGGGCAAGACGACGUCGUUGAAGAACUGGUGAAACUGAUUUGUAAUUGUGGGGACAAAGAAGGUUUGCGGAUUCAGAAUGAGAGAGGGAACACUGCGUUGCACUUCGCGGCUUCUAUGGGGAGCGUGCAAAUUUGUGAGUGCAUUGCUUCCUCAGAUGCUUCGUUGUUGAGCGUUCGCAACAUCGAUGGAGAAACCCCUCUCUUUUUGGCUUCUCUUAAUGGUAGAAAAGAUGCAUUCCUUUCGCUUCAUUCUAUCAGCUACCGCACCAACCCAAAUCCCGCCUACGAUUCUAAUUCUAGAAGAAACGACGGCGAAACCAUUCUUCAUUCUGCAAUUGCUGGAGAUUAUUUUGAUUUGGCAUUCCAAAUAAUUCAGUUAGAUGGAGAACUUGUAAACAGAGUAAACGAGAGGGGAGAAUCUCCCCUUCAUCUUCUGGCAAGUAAGCCUUCCGUUUUCAAGAGUGGUAGCCGCCUUGGACGGUUUGAAGCAAUUGUUUAUCACGGGAAGUGA